UGCUCGUCAGAUAGGGGGAGGAGUCUCUCACUGACAAGAGGGGGAACAGCUCGUGUGAGUUUGUCAGCUCCCUAAAAUAGCAGGCAGAGUGUAAAUGUGACUGAAAUUACGUUUAUCCACUGGAGUCACCGAUAUAGAGUAUCUAUAUACAGCGUCUGACUUGGGAGUAAAGGACACUUUCCAAAAGGAAGGAGGCGCAGGCCGUCGGCUGAAUCUGAAAAGGAAGAAAAAGGAAACGUUGGAGGAAAUAAAUCAAAGCGAAGGAGUUGAACACACCUGGUCCCAUCAGGAGGACAUCAAUUAUUUGGGUUUUCUGGUCGUGGUGUGAGCCACUCAAGCGAUAGAAAAAGUGUGCGCGAGCGAGAGAGAGAGAGACGGCGAGAGAAGAGUGCUGUACAAUGUGCUAGAAGAAGAGCGAGGGCGAGAAGAGAGCUUGGUUGUUUGUUCUGAUAUUGUCGAGGUGUCGGAGAGAACGGACAGGACGCAGCCAUGGGGAGGAAGAAGAUACAGAUCACCAGGAUCAUGGACGAGAGGAACAGGCAGGUGACCUUCACGAAGAGGAAGUUUGGCCUGAUGAAGAAGGCCUACGAGCUGAGCGUACUAUGUGACUGUGAGAUAGCCCUCAUAAUUUUCAACAGCUCUAACAAACUGUUCCAGUACGCCAGCACGGAUAUGGACAAAGUGUUGCUGAAGUAUACCGAAUACAACGAGCCCCACGAGAGCAGAACCAACUCAGACAUCGUAGAGAAAUUGAGAAUCAAAGGCCAUAAUGACUGUGCUAGCCCCGACCCAGAGGAGUGCUUUGGUCAAAGCCCCCUCAUGGACGACCAUUUCAGCAAACUAGGCGAAGAGCGUGCUUUAAUGUACAAGCGCACGCCCUUUGGCCCACCCCAGCAGAACUUCUCCAUGCACGUGGCCGUGCCCGUCUCCCACCCCAACGCCUCCAUGUACCAGCAGGGCGUCGGCCAGGGCUCCCUGGGCGACGGCGGGAUGCUGUCCCCUGCUCCAGACGCACUCCUCGGCCCUCCACAGGCCCCUGGAGCUCACAAGCAGGGGGACCCCCAGACAGAGCCUUGCUUUUUGUGUGCCGCAAACAUGGACAGGACAUGUCCUGUCCCUGGUGUUGUUCUCACAUCUCCCUCCACUUGGCAGAGCAGUGCGGAUGGUUCAUCUGUCGCUCGGUGCAUCUCAUUAGGUGGCAUGCUGGAGACCACAGACUUCCCAGUGCCAAGCGGCGUGGGCUCCAGCCCAGUGGGAAACGGCUUCGUCAACCCCCGAGGCUCGCCGGGUCUCCUGGGCGCGUCGAGCGGCAACGGCCUGGGCAAAGUCAUGCCCACCAAGUCUCCUCCGCCCCCCGGAGGCAGCAUGGGGCUUGGGGGCCGCAAGCCCGACCUCCGGGUGGUUAUCCCCCCAUCCAGCAAGGGGAUGAUGCCCCCGCUGUCGGAGGAGGAGGAAAUGGAUUUGAACACCCAGAGAAUGAGCAGCUCCCAGUCCAGUCAGACGCUGGCCACGCCGGUGGUGUCUGUCACCACCCCCAGCCUCCCCCCUCAGGGCUUGGUGUACUCAGGCAUGCCAACCGUUUACAACCCUGCCGAGUACUCCCUGAGCAGCGCCGAGCUCUCCUCCCUGCAGGGCUUCGGCUCCCCGGGGCUCUCGCUGGGCUCCAUGUCGGCAUGGCAACAACACCAACUGGGCCAAGCAGCGCUUAGUUCUUUGGUGGGCGGAGGCGGGCACCUCCCACAGGCCUCCAACCUCUCGCUCAACACCAGCCAAAACAUCAACAUCAAGUCGGAGCCCAUCUCGCCCCCCAGGGAGCGGGUGGCCCAGUCGGGCUUCCCCCAGCAGCAGCAGCAGCAGCAGCAGCACCACCACCACCACCACCACCACCAGGGCUCCAGUCGGCAGGACCUGGGCCGCUCCCCCGUGGACAGCCUCAGCUCCUCCUGCAGCUCGUACGACGGCAGCGACCGUGAGGACCACCGGCCCGACUACCACUCGGGCGCCACGGCGGCGGUGGUGGGGGGCGGCGGCGGCGGCGGGAUGGGCAGACCCCCCACCGGGCCCGAGGAUCGGGAGAGCCCCUCGGUGAAGCGCUUGCGGAUGGACACGUGGGUGACUUAGAGAGGAGCCCCUCUUUUUGAAGGCACCAGGGGGGGAUCCGACCGGCCCGUCGGUCCGAGAUGCGCUGGGAGGGGGGGGGUAGAUGGAGAGGUACACCUGGAGAUUAAAUCAACAGGGAAAAGGUUUGUAGAACUAUCGACAUGUUAUUAUUUAACUCCUUUUUCGGUUGCUUUUUUGCCAAGACAUGAGUGGCAGAAAAUACAAUUUGAAUUGAAGGAAAUAGUAAAAAAAGAAAGAGCUGGACAUACUGAGGUGAUUCUCUAACUGCGAUGAGAAAUAAAAUAUAAAACAUGAGCUAUACUCACUGAUCUACUUAUGCCCCAAAUCUGUCCUCUUUCUUUUAGCCGCCGUGGUUACAAUGUCCCAAACAAUCAGAUGCUGUGCUGCUUUGGGCUGAGGCCCCUGAUAUUUGAAGCAAUCAGCGAGAAUUCAACUUCUGUAUAAACGUUGCUGUUGCAAUUAUUCAGGACCUUUCACACUCCACUUGCCCUCAUGUUUUCUCUAUCAACCAAUCGAUUCGGCUCAGAGACGAGAGGGAGCUCACGUUAUACAAGAGUUACCGUCGAAAGCGACCUUUAUGUUCACAGACAUGUUAAAACACGAGAUAGGAAAGAAUUAGUUGCGAUUAUAGCAUAACUUUCAUGUUCUAAUUUAAAAGAGUAUAGGAUAUAUAAUGUGCAAUUAAGAUGAACGAAACGUGUCCAGUUGAACUGGUGAGAGUCCCGAUGUUAACAUACAACAAUUCGUCAGUAAUACAAAGCCAAAGGUGUUUCUCUCUGUUCUUAUGUACAAUCGCUUUUGGUUUCCUAGCCGUUCGCUUUUUAGAGUGCUUUUUCUGUCUUUUCAUUUUGAUUGUGCUAACUAGAACGCGUGUAAAAUCAUGUAAGCCAGGUUUGAAUCAAUAUCUAAAGCCAUGAACACUUGCUGUCCUGUUUGUAUAAUUGACAAUUUGAGCCAAACAUUUGUUUGUUAUGUAUAUAGUAACUUUAAUAUAUAUAUCACCAGGGUAUGAGUACAUACUGAAUGUACCAUCACCAAUUUUGAGAAAGUAUAUUUUUGUGGAUUACCGCCGGGUUUACAAGGAUAGACCCUUCACAAAAGAGAAUUCAUUCGACAAUAGUUGCUACUUGGUUUGAUUCACUGCAAACUCUAUUUCUUUCUUUCUCUGUUUUUCUUUCUGUUACUUUUCUCUUGGCCUCAACACAAAUUUUAACGACAAUGCCAUGAGUUGGAAUUUUCCACUUAGUCAUAUUUGUUAAAGCGAGGGUGAAGAAGUAGCAUUUCUUCUGUGUGAGCGAUAUAUCUGCUUUCUACACUGCCAACAUGCAGAACCAAGGCCCUAUGUGGAGAAGAGCUUGUUUUGUGGAAAGAUAUGCCACGCCUUUCAUAGGCCCAUUUUUGGUUCCAGUACAGUAAUCCCCCCAGAAAAAGAGGAAUCCUCUGACUCAUAGAGGAAGCAUUUCAACAUUGAUGAUACAUUUUUAAAUGAUUGGACAUUACAAUAGAUCACCGUGGGCCACUUAUAAACGUCUGGAUACUCCCAUUACACUUGUUUUUGGUUUAUGUUUUAUCGGCUCUGGAAAUUGCAUCAUAUAUAUUCAACCCCCCCAUUGUAAUUAGUUAUUCCUAUGAAAGCCUACACGUCUAUCAAGUGCAUUUUAGCGCUCAGAGGGCUUGAAGAUAUGAACGUUCAGUUGGGAUUCACAAAGGCUGUUCUCAUGUAGACGUAGAGCACAGCAGUGGAAAAGUCCUUCCAAUAAAGAAAAUUCAUGGUCAUUGAUGUUUUAACAACUGCUGGAUCGAACACAUUUCCAGAGACGUCCGCUAUAGAAAUGGAGUAUCACUCUGCAUUCACCAUUCCAUAUCUUGUGCAUCAUCAUUCUAGCUCCUUCAUUGAUUUCAUUCAAAGUUGACCAAGGGUCAAACUGAAUCUAUGCAGUAUUCAAAGCUCAAAAUCACCUAGUUUGGAUCACUGACGUUUUAUAACCCAUUCACAGUGAGGUUUCAUUUAACUAACAUAAUAUCAGUGGGUGGGCUAGUUUGUAAAUGGGAGACUUAAAGGUAAAUUCCACUGCAAAGCAAAAUUAAGGUAAUUUAGAUGAAUGACUAGUGGAUAUAGUGGAUGUCACAAGUAACCGAGUUUAGAAGUACUAUUGUUGUCUUUGGAGAGCUAUUUUGCUCACUUCCCCCUGUUGUAGUCCACAGUAGAGGAAGACACCAGACACCGUAGUUUAGCAAUCCAUCAAUAUGAUAACCACACAGAUAACUGGGUGACAGAUGGCUAUCUAGGUGGAUAGGCAACAUUCCCUUUUAAUGGCAGACCCAUUGUGGAAUUUGCCUUUAAGUGACAUAGAACGAGGUACCAGGCCUGCCCACAAAAGCAAAGAAAUUAAAAAAGACAUGUAAAGAUUAAGAUACAUCAUCUCACAUUCCCAUCAAGACAAUUUUGAAAAGCACUAUUUCUAUCCAGGAGAAUGUAUUCCAAUGGAGGCACUGCAGGUGGACCACAGCAAUAAGACAGCCUGGCUUCACACGUCGAGCGCUCACUUAGCACUUGAUGGAAUAUCAGGGAUUUUUUGUAGCUUCUCAGUAGAUUUACUGUUAGGGACCCCCCCUUCCCCCUCCCCCUGAAAAAAACCAUUGCCCAGUUAAAUCUGGUUAUAGCCAAGUCUAAACUCUUUAAACAAGAUUCACACAAGACGAUGUGUACAGGGAAUGCAACGUGAUACACUGGCUCUAAAUGGUGUGUCGGAAUAUGUGCAGAACUGAAUGUGACAGGCAAGAGAAAAUCAACCCACCUUUUUAGAGAACUUUGCUGUGCAGGAGUACACACUGCUUUGCGUCAAUGCUUUUAUAAAGAGAACCGUGUUUGGUAAAUGUCUGUUGUAGUUGUUAGUUCACUUAAAUAAGCUGUUGUUCGGUUUGAUUGCUCAGACUGUUGGCCGCACAAGCUGGACUUUGUUGCCAAUAAUGAAAUUAUCCGUUCACAAAAUCAAGACAAUUCAUUUGCAUUUUAUUUUUCCUUGAAUGUCCUGUUUUAUCGUCAUCAUGCAAUGAAUAUUCAAUUGAACUUUUCAUUAAACAUUUAAAGUACUAUGCUAGAUAUUGUACAAAAUUUGUAUUCUGCCUUCACAAAAGUAAAAAAAAAACAUCAUUGGCUUUUAAUGUGUAAUUUAAGUCAUCUCACUUAUUCUGCAUAAAAUGAAGUGAACAGCUCUUACAUAGAAUGUGUCCUCUUGUAAAAUCCCCAACAAUAGACACUGUCUACUUUAAUAAACACCUCAAUGUAUGCUCCGUCAGUAUUCUGACAAACAUUUGUCUUUUAUUGAACUCUUCUUAUUCUAAUGAGGG